AUGGCGGAACGCAACAACUCGAAUAUGCUGUUCGCCAACUUCAACCAGGAUUUCUCUAUCACUCACCUAACGCUUAUCCCCAUCCCCGUCCCCGCGUCCGACGUUGCUAAUGUGGUGUGUUUAUGUGGACUGGUAGAUGAUGGAGCAAGAGGGAUAGUGGAGAUGCUGUUCUGCACGUCGUUGAUUGCGCUGGUCGGAGCUGGUGACCAACCCCAGAACAGCUCACGGAAACUGCAGAUUGUGAAUACAAAGCGACAAUCCAUGAUCUGCGAGCUCCUCUUCCCAUCCUCCAUCCUAGCGGUCAAAAUGAACCGCAAAACCCUGGUUAUAGUGCUCGAAACGGAAAUCUACAUCUACGACAUAUCCAACAUGCGCUUGCUCCACGUCAUCGAGACCACCCCGAACCCAGAGGCCAUCUGCGCCCUGUCCCCCUCCGCCGACUCGUCCUACCUCGCCUACCCAUCCCCCGUGCCCUCCUCCUCCUCCGCGCCCCUCUCCGCACCCGGCUCCUCGGGCACAACCUCCACCUCCAGCAGCACUCCCGCCGCCCCCGCAUCAAGCUCAUCCGGCAGCGGCGACGUCCUCCUCUUCUCCACGCGCAGCCUCACCGUCUCCAACGUCAUCCAAGCGCACAAGUCGCCCAUCAGCCACCUCGCCAUCAACAGCACCGGCACCCUCCUAGCUACGACCUCGGAGAAGGGCACCGUAGUAAGGGUGUGGUCGAUCCCCGGUGCGGAAAAGUUGUAUCAGUUUAGGAGGGGGACGAGGGAGGCCAAGAUUUAUAGUAUGAAUUUUAAUGUGGUGUCGAGUUUGUUGGCGGUUAGUAGUGCGAAUGGGACGGUGCAUAUAUUUAAGCUUGGGAAGCAGGGCUCCUCGUCCAAUGCGGAUUCCAAAUCCUUAACCUCAACUUCGGGAGGCAGAAAGUCCCCACCCGACUCGUUAGACGGCCGCGAGAGCAUCAACACGAACAACUCGGAGGUGGUGGGCGGGUACGAAGCCUUUGCGGCGGACAAGAAGGAGCGUGCGUCGGGUGGGGCGAGCAGCUUUUUGAAGAAGAAGGGGCUGGGUGUUGCGAAGAGUUUGACUAGUUCGGAUGAGAGCGUCGUUGCGUUGUUUGCAUGGCUGGACAGUUGCAUGGACCCCGUGGCUGGAUGGGUUAUCGGCUUGGACUUGACUGGUCGGGUUAGGUUGGACAGGGCGUCGUAUCGCCUUUCGAGCGUGGGCGGCUACCUCCCCAACUCGAUCACCGAAAUCUGGGAGCCUGUACGGGAUUUUGCGAGUUUGAGGCUUCCGAGUGCUGGGAGUGGAGGUGGGAGUGUGAGGAGUGUUGUUGCGUUGAGUGGGACGAUGCCACACGUGAUGGUCAUUUCUUCAGAGGGGUAUUUCUAUUUGUAUAGUAUUGAUUUGGAGAAUGGAGGCGAGUGUGCGUUGUUGAAGCAGUAUAGUUUAUUGGAUUCGGUGGACGUGGAUCCUGCUUCUGAUGGGGGUCCGUAG